AUGAGAAGGUUGCUUUUACUACCUCUAUGUUUUGCCGUUAGCUAUGCUGUGAUUCGCCCGAUCACCCGCUUCCGAAGGGUCAAUACAAUGGAACGCACGGGCGUCGGACUGGAACAUGGACAUUAUUGUGGACGAGAGACUACUGUGCACAGAUUUGCGCGGGAUCUGUAUAAUCUCUAUCGGGGGCGAAGAACUUUCCGGUCGUCGAAGUAUAGGACGAUUUAUGAACACGGGUUGCCGCAGACACAAUAUUGCAACCUCCGAGACCCAGAUUCCCCAAUUAACAUCAUCUACCACGACGACCGCCCAAUGGCUUUGAAAGAACAAUUUAUGGACAUUCUCCUGAAAGCUGGAGUACCCCCAAAAUUCGCGUCGAAGGCCCUGGCCCACAUCAGCGAAUCGUCCAGCAAAAAUGCGCUCGGCAACCACCAGUUGAAACAGCGACUACAGCGAGCCGUUCGGGAAAACCCGGAAACGAUGGCUUACAUAAAAGCAAUCUAUCAUUUCGACUAUGAAAUCUAUUGCAACCUCAAAAAAGAAGCGCAUGAAUACUUCUUGAUUCGCCAUACAACGGAUAAGCAAGCGCUUGCCAAACAGUUCCUGCAACUUUUCGAAACGGCCAACAUCCCGAAGCACUACGCUGAGAAGUCUUUCACUUCCAAGCGGCUUUGCGAGUUGGCUGCCAUGCUCCGCUUUUUACUCUCGACAUUUAAACGACUACACAAGCAUGCUUUCAACCCUUUCGAAGACACUCUCGAAACUGCUGACGAUCCGGCCAUUAUUUACUCAAACAUUACCCAACCAGUCGACCAUUUUGACGACAAAUUAACCGAUAUUUGGCAACAGCAAUACCAAUACAACCCAAAAUUUUACACCAAAGAUCGGCCGCUGAUCUUUCUGAUGUUAGGAGGCGAGGGGCCGAUCGGCGGCGGUGGCGAUAAGUGGAUCAAAAAUGAAAAUGUCUCCAUGAUGCGCUGGGCGAAGGAAUUUGGAGCGGCCGCGAUGCAAGUGGAGCACAGAUUCUACGGCAACAGCAGGCCCUAUCCACAGCAAACCACCGCGAAUCUCAAGUUUUUGACCGUCAAGCAAGUGCUCGCCGACAUCAAGGAGUUCAUCACGCAAAUGAAUAAGAUGUAUUUUAACGAUGUCACGCCGAGAUGGAUCACUUUUGGAGGAUCUUAUCCGGGCUCCCUCUCCGCCUGGUUCCGCGAAACCUACCCCGAAAUGACGAUCGGGGCCGUCUCCACCUCGAGCGCUGUCAACACCAGGGUCGACUAUUACGGUUAUGCCGUCAACACCGAAAAGAACUACCGUAAGAACAGUGACGCGUGCGGUGAUGCCAUCGGGGCAGCAUUCAAUCAGAUCAUUAAUGCCUUGUAUACCGAUGAUGCUGCCCGGAAGAGCUUGCAGCAGGACUUACCGACGACCAUAGAUUUCACGAUUGGGGACAAGGUUCCAAUCGCUCGCCAAGUGCAAUACUUCUUCUCGAGUCUUUACGGAAUCUUCCAGGGCAUCAACCAGUAUUCCGGGGAUAACAGGAACGUCAACUCGGAUGCUGGUGAGGGAAUCCCAAAAGCCUGCGAAUUGAUGACUGACAAAAACGGAAAUGCAUACAGCAACCUUUUGAAUUUGGUUAAAUGGGACAAUGGACUCAACGGUGCCCCAAAAGUCGACAACGACUACGCGAGCUUUGUGGCAAACAUGCAGAAAACGGACUACUCAGAUGAGGGAUGGGCUUCUUACCGCACUUGGGUCUGGCAGACGUGUACGUUUUUGGGCUACUUCCAGACGACAGACGGCGGGAAUUCUGGCAUUUUUGGGAGUAUUAUUCCAUUGGACUUCUACGUUGACCAGUGCAUCGAUAUUUUCGGCAAAGACUACAUCGCAGAUACCGUCUACGCUGGUGUAGAACAGAAUCAGAAGGACUAUGGUGGCGAUAAGAAUUAUAGGGGCACGAAGGUUGUCUUCCCGAACGGCUCGAUCGACCCCUGGUGGAGUCUGGGAAAGUUGACGCCCAACAAUGCCAGUGACGUGGAUGCUUUUACUAUUGAAGGCACCGCCCACUGCGCCGACAUGUACCCCUGGCGCGACAAUGACCUUCAGAGCCUAAAGGAUGGACGCAUGACCCGGGAAAUUAGUGCGAUUAAAGUUUUCAGGAUUCAUUUGAAACCACUCGAACAACAGCCGCAUCAAUUGCACCAACGACUUCGUCAGCCAACUACAUCAGCCCUAUUCUGCUGGCCGUCAUCAGCAUUGUUGUUGCUGUUCGUUUUUAACGAA